AUGUCGUUAUGGAGCCGUUUUAAUUCUAGAUCUUCAGUGAAUUGGAAAGAACAAUUCAAUGGAUGGAGAAGAAGAAUUUCCUUCAUUCUCGCUCUCGUCCUUAUUCUCUCCGUGGUUGGUUUUUCCAUCGGUUACUUUGCAGGUCAUGAUUUGAAAGGAGCCUCCACUUGGAAAUUGGGCUUUGUGAUGAUCAUUUCCGUUGCUUUUGGUUAUGCUCUCGUUCAGGCUUCUUAUGGUUUCGGAGCUCACUUUCGAGUGUUUUACAAACAACAAUAUGAGUUAGUGGAUGUGAAGAAAUAUAUUCAUCAUUCACCAUCGGAGGAGGACGAUGGUCAUAACAAACUCAUGGGCAAUAAUAAUAAUGAAGAACAACAAGCAGUACCAACCACGAACCAAGACCUCCAGGAAGAAGACGACGAGGAGAAACAACCAUCACCACCAAACAAGGAAAUUAUUCUCACUCCCGAUAAAACUCUUCCUCAAUACUCGACCAUGCAAGCUCAUUGCAUCAUGCUUGCUGUAGCGACCUUCCUGUUUUCCAUGCUUUAUAUUAUUGAUAGGGCUGCUGGAUGGCACAUGUAUGUUCCCGAAGCUUCUCCCAUGACCAUUUCCAUUGUGCUGGGAGGUUUCUUGUUUGGUUUGGGAAUGCAACUUGGUGAUGCUUGUGCUCUGGCACCUUGUUUACGAUUGGAGGUGGAAGUUUAUGGAGUGUUUAUUUACUUGUCUUCUUCGUGUGUGGCUCAUGUCCGUUGCAGCUGGCAUUCACUUUUUUACAGAAGAAAGAAUAAGAAGAGUGAGAUUGAAGUGAGUGGUGACUCAGACGAACAGUCAGGUCUCAUUAAUCAGGAUUAUGACAUUGACACUCGUUCACCACUUCAAAAAUUAAUGUCCUUUGUUUCAACUAUUGUUUUUAGAUUUAUUUAUGGGCCUUGGGACUUGAUCAGUGGAUCCAUUGCAUUGGCUCUUUUGAAUUUUUGUUUUCUAUUGGCAACUCAACAUCCAAUGGGUUUAACAGGACCAUUUGCAAUUAUUGGCUGUAAAAUUUUGGAUGCUAUAGCUCCUUCCUUAGACGUUCCAAAAUGGUCUGCAUGGAAAGACAUUGAUUUAAGAAAAGCCAACAUGCUUUUCAAUUCUAACUUUAUUCUUGAUUUUGGAAUUGUUUAUGGAGCCGUAAUUGUUGCCUUGUUAAGAGGAAAAUUUCCAAGUUUUCUAGAAGGAUUUUCAUUGAAGAAUUUCUCUCUCACCGGCCACAAACAACAAGCAUCCAUAUGGAGCACACUUCGUCGAAUUUUAAAUAAUAUUGGACAUUGGAUCAAGAAUAAUAUUGGACUUGCUAUUGCCAAAAUCAUUGGAGGAAUUUGUAUGGGUAUUGGAGCCAAAUUUGGAUAUGGAUGCAACAUUGGAGCUUAUUUCUCUGGUGUCUCAUGCAUGUCCAUUCAUGGCUAUUCAUGGAUCAUUAUGGCACUUCUGGGUGGAUAUAUUGGAGCUGUUGUUCGACCAUUGUUUGGAUACAAGAAGCGAAAGGUGGCCUGUGGAACUGUUUGCAAUACUGCUUCUAUUUAUUAA